GUAACUCACAACAUCCGGCCCACCAUAUUUGGACCACAUCUAUGUUGAGAGCGGGCGGUAGUAGUUGGCACCAUCGUAAAGCUACAGCAAUCGCUCUUUCAUGUGUAACGACCUAUCGGACGCGUCCUUCCAGUUGAGAGGAUGACCCGAGUGAACCGGUUCAAUUCCCCCGUCCCUGACCACGAGUACCUCGCGGACGGGGACGUGCUGUUCUACCUGAGGGACGCAGUGACCCAGCUGCUGGACCACCAACAGGAGUACACCACGUUCGGGCUAAUCCGCUACUUCGCUGAAUAUUUCAGCAGUGUGAAGAACAGUAACCACGUACUCUUCAGAGAAUAUAACUACAUUAGGGCCACGCCCCAUAACAGGGCCUCCUUUAUCAGAGUCUUCUGGAGAUGCUACAGACAGAUCGGCAAAAGUGGUGACUUACUGUCAACACUGGAGUACAGGUCGCUUCUGCAGUUAUUGUGUCCAGACUUCCCUUUGGAGAUGGUGCAGCUUGCAGCCAGAGUUGUUCAGAUGGAAGAUGUCAUAGACUGUCUGAUGUCUUUUUCCGAUUUCCUUUAUGCUCUCCAACUGCAGUUCUACUACCAAGAGUUCCUGAACGGCGUACUGCUGAUCUACCAGGAUCUGUUGGCAGGGAAGAGUCCCAACAUUGUCAUCGUCCCCACAUCCACCUCCAUCGACCAGCUCCCCUCUGUGGCUGCAGAGGACAACAGCAAGGAAAAGCAGCAGCAGCAGGAUGGAGUGGACUCGUCCACUUUGGCCCAGUGCAUUGAUGCCCUCUGUGACAGGUCCAAACACAGUCAUCCUCCCAGGUCCUGCAUGAGGGAAGUACUUGAACAGACUAACAAAGUAUAUUACUACAGCUUCCAAAUGAGCCUGGCCAAACACCCAAGCAUCAACCAAACUAUCGGGGCACUACCCAGCAGGGCAGAUGUUCUCAUUGAUCCAGAGAUGGACCAGGACCUGGACAAACUAAUUGCCCAGAUCUCAGUAAGUCCCGGCAGCAACAGCGGCGGUAGUGCGGUGGGGGGACUGAAAGAGGUGCAGAGCAGGGCCUCCCCCAGGAGGAACAUCCACCACAGGAGGAAGAUUGAGGUGGAAAGCGAUUGUUCCACGGAAGAGACAGACUCCUCUGAAAACUGACCUCUAAUCUUUCACUAGUCUGUCGCCUCCCCUUUAAUCUUAAAUUGUGUGGUUCAUGUCACAACUUUAACGUGAAUUAAGAAUUAAGUGUGUCCACAACACCUUGGACUCGGGCCCCUGACCUGGGCAAGAAAUUUGGACGUGUAUCUUAAUCCUUGCUAUGGCUUCUGUGUACUGUAUAGUGUCCAGAAUGUAUGCAUUAAAAACAAUGAAACAUU